UUAACGUUAAAAGACUUGGUUUUACAAUGAACCACAAUGGAGAAGUAGGAGUAGCUGCAAUUCAGACAGACUUUUCUCUAAAAAUUGACUUUGUUUAAAAGCUUUUCAGGGGUUUAUCUGACAUUUGGAAGGCUAUUUAUGUGAGAGGAAAGUUGUUUGAGACAAAUGUUAGUGUAGAGCUUCUGGUUUGAACGAGAGAUUUGGUUGGGGCUAACGCUAGUAUGUAGCAUGCUAAUUGUGAAUUCGUCGUAAACUCAUCUGUAAUUUCGGUGUUACAAGUUCCACACACAGGUAUGACCGAGUACAAACUGGUGGUGGUCGGGGCUGGAGGUGUGGGGAAAAGCGCCCUGACCAUCCAGCUCAUCCAGAACCACUUUGUGGACGAAUAUGACCCAACCAUUGAGGACUCCUACAGAAAGCAGGUGGUGAUCGACGGAGAGACGUGUCUGCUGGACAUCCUGGACACUGCAGGUCAAGAGGAGUACAGCGCCAUGAGGGACCAGUACAUGAGGACGGGAGAGGGCUUCCUCUGUGUGUUUGCCAUCAACAACGCAAAGUCUUUUGAGGACGUUCAUGUGUACAGAGAGCAGAUCAACCGAGUGAAGGACAGUGACAACGUUCCCAUGGUGCUGGUGGGGAACAAGAGUGACCUGAGCACCCGCACUGUGGAGACCCGGCAAGCGCAGGAGUUGGCCCGGAGCUACGGAGUCCCCUUCGUGGAGACCUCCGCCAAAACCAGACAGGGGGUUGAGGAGGCCUUCUACUCGCUGGUGCGGGAGAUCAGAAAAUACAAAGAGACCUACCGCAACAAGAAAAGCAAAAAGGGUUCUCAGAGACGGUGCACGAUUCUAUAGCAACACCCCCCCCCACCCACAGAGCCUGUUUCAUGCUGCUCCUCCCGUCAGUGAUAUCCAGCAGCUCUGAUGAGCUUUGUCGUCACUGUUUCCACCAAGUGCUGCCACGAAGUCCGUCAUUCAUCUGCAGAGUCCCUUUCCUUUAUAAAGAACUUGUGCAUCACUAGAUUUUCGUAGCUCAAAACAUUUUUGCUCCAGACUCGCAGGCGCACUCUAUUUCCCUUUAGUGUUUAAGAUGGAGCGUAGGGUUCAGUAGUGCCACCUUGAAACGUACUCAGGAAUGACGGUCAGGUGCCGAGUAGUGACAGUCGUUUUAGACAUCCGAUGUCUCUGAGGUGCCACUUCUGCUGUGGACCCCCCCAUCCCCCCCAUCAACACUGUAUUCUCCAGUCUCCUUUAACUCGCUUUCAUCAUCACUUUGAACGUCCCAGCACCUGCUGCAGCGCAUGGAUGUGCAAGCAGCUUCUCUGCACUGAAGCCAGUGUUGGACAGAUUAAUGUCACUGGGUGCUUCAGUCCUCAAGUAGAGCAACUUCUUGUCAGUGGAUGUCCUUUUUGAUGUAUGUUACCAGCAAAUUUUUUAUUUUCUAUUUUUGUAGAAGUUCAAAAAGCCCACCCCCCCCCCCCCAUAAAGCUAUAAUAAAAAUCUGUUUGCAAGUGUAUUCAGGCAGUCCUCACUUCACAUGUAUCCCCCAGCUCCUGCUCCUGCAGUGGCGUGCGUAAAAGCAGGCGUGGCUUUAGCAGAAGAUGACACCACUUCCUGAGUGAUUUCUGCAAGACCUGGGGGGGGGGGGGGGGGGGGGGUGCUGUUUACAACAUUGAGCAAAUUUGGAAAAAUUUCUCACCCAGAUCCUGUAUAUUAAAAAAAAAAAAAGGCAAAUAUUCUGUUUUCAAGAUCAGUGUUUGGCUGUCAAGAUGGGCUGUGGUCUCAGAGGCAUGUGCACUGUGACUUUCAAAAUAAAAUGUUCUUGAUAGUAUCUAAAUAUGAAAGCAUAUUGCAUUCCAAAAAAAAUAAAUGGGUGCUCUCAUUUGUGUGUAUUAAACAGUUUAGGUUUUUCCCAUGUUUUUAAAAACUACUGAAGUAAAGAACUCCAAACAAGCUGGGCCCCGACCUCAUCUGCUCUUAAACUAUAAGAUGAGCUGCAAUAAAAA